UGACCGCGACGAAAAUACAUCUCGCUGGAGUACGAGUCAAAACGUGAAUGGACAGCAGAACGCUGGUGGUAGCGUGGCCGUGCGAUAAUCGAUAACACCGUUUCCCCGGUUUUUUUUUUCCUUUCCAUUUCGGUACGGAGAUAACGCACGCGACGUACGCUUACGCGAGUUACGAGCGGACCCGACGGGCAGUCGUAAACCAAGCGCGAGCCCGCAGGGAAGGCCAGCGUUACGAACGUGCGUGUCAUGGUCUUCCUCUUAUAUAAGCACCGCCGCCGCGGAAUUACACAGUAGUGUCAGUGCAUCCGUCCGUCACGUAGCGAGCGUCCGCGCAUGGAGUAGACAGCCGCUCGUUUCUGGUAUCUCGCGUACUCGAAACACGAGUGGGAUCCGCGCCGCCGCGGCUAACUCUCGACGCGAAAUUUACAGAGCUAACUUAAAGUAAACGCAACGAGACGGUGUAAAGGUACGAUGGAGGACUGGAGAUGAUCUACUUACAUUUGUGUCAAAUCCACGAGCUUGAUAAGAAGGAUUGCCUCACAAGAAGAGCGUUUUUAUGAGCAUCGUUAAAUCGAUUUCGCGAUGACGUGUCAUUGCAAUGUGGUUUGAAUCGCAUUUCCUACUACGAUAUUGCGAAUUGCUUCUUGAGAUAGCGAGUCGACCGUCGCGGUCGUGUCGUGUUACACAAUUCGCAAGACCGAUAUAACUCGCCUUGGGAAGCACCGUAUAAAAAUGAGUGGCGGCGGGCAUAAUGGAAGAAACAUCCUUACGUACGACACGCUGGUGCACGCGAUAUCCGGCGCGGCGGGUAGUGUGGUCGCGAUGGCAGCCUUUUAUCCCUUAGAUACCGUGCGAAGCCGUUUACAAUUGGAAGAAGGACGUCAAUCGAAAGGUACUUUGGCGACCAUACGAGAACUCGUUGCGAAAGAAGGACCGUACACCCUGUACAGAGGUGUCGUCCCCGUUCUGCAGAGCCUGUGCGCGAGUAAUUUCAUUUAUUUCUACACGUUCCACGGCUUGAAGGAGCUGAGAGGCAAAAGAAGUCAAACGGCCGGCAGCGACUUGCUCCUCGCGUCAGUCGCUGGUGUUAUCAAUGUCCUCACCACGACACCCCUGUGGGUUGUAAACACGAGAUUGAAGAUGAGAGGACUCACUCCAGAACGGAAUAACAACGAAUACACUACUCUAUGCGACGGUCUCGUGCACAUAUGGAAGUACGAAGGUUUGAGAAAGCUGUGGGCGGGAACGAUGCCGAGUCUCAUGCUCGUCGCGAACCCGGCCAUCCAAUUUAUGACGUACGAGAGUAUUAAGAGAAGAGUCAUCGCAUCUCUUGACGGUGUCCAACCACCGGCAUGGGUAUUCUUUAUUAUUGGAGCGAUAGCGAAAGCGGUUGCCACGUCGAUAACAUAUCCUUUGCAGCUUGUGCAAACGAAAUUAAGGCAUGGGGACAAAUAUCCUAAUCUACCUCCAGACGCAGGCACGUUGCAAAUAUUGUUUUACAUUCUGAAGAAGCAAGGAUUAAGUGGCUUGUAUAAAGGGAUGGAGGCCAAACUUUUACAGACUGUCCUCACUGCCGCUUUGAUGUUCCUGGCUUACGAGAAAAUCGCACGAUUUGUUUUCCGAAUACUUUUGCAUAAACCCCAUCUCAGAUAACGAUGCAUUCCCAAUAACAUUAUUACGAAACGUA